AUGAACUACACGGGUCAAUACGUCCAGCAGCCGUCCGGUGCGAUGCCGCCAAUGCCGACACAACAACAAGCGCAAAUGAUGCAGCAGCAACGCAUGGUGAUGGGUCAACCUGGACAAGCAGCGCCUGGUAUGCGCCAAAUGUAUCCACCACCUCCAGGAAUGAUGAAUUCUCAAGUUCCUGGGCAACCCAUGUACAGUCAUCCAUCGCAAAUGCAACAAGCUCAGAUGAUGCAACAACAACAGCAACAGUUCCAGUAUUAUAUGUCUCGGUUUCCACCCCAGUGGCAACAAGAUAUUCAUAUGGAACAAAGCCAAGAACGUAAAAAGCAUAUAUUUAGUCAAUAUGUGCGCAAGUUCAAUGCUAUGCAACAACAACAACAAUCGAAAAUGGUAUCGAAUGGGCAGGGUGCAAUGCUACAUCAACCGAUGAUGGGUCAAAGUGGAGUUGUGGUAGGUGCACCAGGUCAAAGACCAGGAGCUCCGGGUGUAUAUCCACAACAACAGCAACCUGGUGCUGUGAUGUCAAGCUCUGCCGGUCCAAUGCCCGGUGCAUCCGGCAUGCCAAACGCUACAUCUUCAGUCCCUAUGCCUCAGCAACAAAUGCGCAUGCAAGGCCAUAUGUCCGGCGGUCCAACCUCAGUGCCUCAACAAAUGAUGAGUGGAGCGGCGAUGGGACCACAAUCGUCAGGACAUAUGACUUCUGGAGCUAGCCCGCAGGUGCAUUCAACUUUUGCUGCUGGCCACCAAAUCGCUGUAGGAUCUCCUCAUAUGGCUAGUGUUGGUCCCGGACCUGGUGUUAUGUCAAAUUCGCCCAUAACCUGUAUUCAGCCGUCUACACCUCAAAAUCCUUCCUCUGUACAGCCUGGCAGUGUCGGACCAGGAAGCCAACAGCCAUCGUCUGUUCCUAGCCAGGAAGAAAAUACUAAGGAGUACAAUGAUCUUGUCGAAAGCUUGAAAGAACAAUAUUAUGAAAAGUUGAAACGAAUAGGAGAUCGCUGUGAUUUGGAUAACAGCCCAAAACCGACCGGAUUCGACCGACUAAUGGAAAUUCUCGAUCGGAAACGACGAGUCUCACAAUCUCUGCUGGAGAAAAUUGUUGGAAAUGUUCGCACGAUAGUGGAACGUUCCAGCCUCACCUACCCAGUCAUAGAAACAAUGCGACAAAUUGAAGCCGAAGGACAGUCGUCUAUUUUUGCCCCAAGCGGUGACGAUUUCCGAACAACAUCACAGCAAGCACCGCAAGCUGCUCUAGAUCCAUGGCGAUCAGUACGGCAUAUGAUGAUCAAAGUCCCUGAGCACUUAGCGAAUCUGGGCAAUUCCGAUGACGAAUCAGAAGAUAUGGGCGCUGUAAAAUCGUCCGUAGCUACAAGUUCAUCGUUGAAGCGUCCAGCUCCAUCGGAUUUCAAUGACUCAGGAAUUGAAGCAAAAGUGGAAAAGCUUGACGAAUCUGCAUCAAACGAACAAACGGCAGCAGACUCGUCUGAGGAUGAAAGUAUUCGGAUAAAGAUUGACUGUCUAUUCGACACCCGCCAACCUUGGCGAAUGUCAGUUGCUGCAUCCAGAGAGUUAAGUGAGCUGCCGUGGCGAGUCGACACAGACUGUCUCCCAGCUUCCAGCCACAGUCCAGAUGCAGUUAUCUGUUUUGAUUCGGACUUGUUACUAUGCCCGCCUCUACGUGUAUUAGUUCCUGCAUCCUAUCCGUUAGAUCCUGCAGUUAUACAAUUCGAUCGGUCAUUUCCACGCGGCGUUCAGAUUUCAUCUCAGCUUUCGACGAUGUUGGAGCGAAGUUUAUCAGUAGCGCCAUCGCGCUCACUCACUCAUAUCCAUGGCGCAUUCCGAUCUGCAUGCCAAGAAUUGAUGCGUUUGAAAGGUGUCCACAACGGACACUACAUCCCUAACAAGCAACACAAGCAAUUGGUCGCAUGA